AUGUAUCGUCCUAUCAUUAUAUGGUUGUUGUUGCUUCUUGCGCUUGCGGUUGCAACGACGUACUCGAAAAGUAUCAACGUUAAUAGCGAAGACAUUGAGAAUCUUCCCACUGACAGACCAAUACUUUCACAAGGUACAUUCGUGGUUUGUUCGCUUACCAGGACGUAACUCGAACGAUCCCUGAUACCAGCUUAACUCCUACAACUCCACCACAAGCACCGGAUCGCGUUUUCUUAAAUAACACUCACUAUUUCACUUUAUCAAAUUAUACUCCGCUUCGAAAUUUUACACGUGUUAUCGCGAGCGCGAGCGAAGCUAGAAUAAUGAAAGGACGCUCGAGUCGUUCUAUUCCUAACGACCAGCGCUACAGUCUCGGCCUCUUCGUCGAGUCAAACCGAAUCUGACUCUAAAGCCAAUAAUAAGAGAAGCUUGCUGAUUCUUAGAAUGCCAAAAACCAAGGAAGAAGAAAAUACAGAAUGCCAGAACCAAAAAACGAAACGCUGUAAAACAUCGUUCCGCAGAGAUACGGCAAUACCCAAGGGGAAACGUCGAACCAAGCCGAAGAACACGGGAAACCCUCCAAAUAAUGAAAGAGACCGUGAAUAUUUUGUUGGUCAAAAGGCAAACAUGCAACUUCUUUCUUCGAAGGAACCUUUAGCAAAACCAGGUGCAAAACCCGUGACCGAGGAAGAAGCGAUGAAUGCAACUUUUCGCGACGCGAGCGUGCUAGAUUCGCUACAAAAACAAUUAACGCCCGAUAUUCCUAUUGUGGCUGCUUCUCGAUCAAAUUUCGCGCGAAAGACAAGUGUGUACGACGAUGGUAAAUUCAUUUGUUACUGCAGAAGAAAGAUCAAUCCCACUUAUAGAAAAGGCCCGGCGCGUGUCGUUCCAAAGCCGCAAGGAUUAUCGAGGAAGCUUAAAACGGCGAAGAAACAUCGUAAUAGAAAUCCACUUGUAGGUAGCAAGCAACCAGCUUAUGCAAAUGUUCCACACGAAUCACCUUCGUCUAAAAAAUUAUCUCCCACGUAUCCGACCGUUCCUAAAUAUCCGCUUGGCUAUAUACCUAACAAUGUGAACCCAAUCUCUCCGCACGAGGGGCAUGGAACAAUACCGUACAUUCCAUACAUUUAUCAUCCGGAUCCUCGAGUUUCGAUACCCAGGAUCCCAGAUGAAGGUGAAACUCCAAAUAUUAAUACUCCGUUGAAAUCAACUGGAACUAAAUCCGACUCGAUUGUUGGGCAAGUAGCAUCAAUCAGCGAGCACCAAACUCCGUGUCCUCAAAACAUGGUUGGCAACAGUCUGUCUCAAUCUUCAAAGACGUCUGCGAAGGGAGACACUUCAAAUAAUAACAACGAGGAUUCUGUGCAAGCAGAUCCUUCCGAUAAAAAUCAUUUAACGCGGUUGGAGACGGUUGAAUCUUCCAAUGAAGAUUCUUUUAACCUACAAGCUGCCAAUCCUAGCAUGAGUGCCGCAUCGUCUACGGGCUUGGAAAAUGGAUUUGCGGAUGGAUACGAAACGAUAAGCAGCGGAAAUGUGGAUUACUCUGACAUCAAGGAAGUUACGACCGCAUAUUUCACAUCGAAAGCUUAUGACAACCAAGCUGGACACGGUUAUGGUAAUUUUCUUAUAAGCAGCACGGGCACCAUGGAUUCAAAUUCGGCGGAAAUGCAGAAUCGACAUAAUAGCCCUGCAUGGAACUCGGGAGAAUCCGAGAACGUUGGAAUGAACUUGGACACGAAAGACUUGCAUAAUGCAAAGGGCCCGGACCAAGGAAACAAUGAAGAAAAUCUUAUGCCGGGAGCAAAUAACCCAUUUUGGAGUCAAAAAUCCUGUACAAGCAACGUGAAUUCAAAUUCGCAAGGCGAUCCUAAUUAUAAUGUCAAUUUGCAGAGUAAGCACAACGAUGAUUCUGCGGGAAAUUCGAGAGAAGACGAUGGCAUGAAUUUGAAUACGAAAGAUUUAAGUAACGCAGAAGAUCGAGAAACUGGUGAAGAGAGCGUUGUGUUUGGGGAAAAUAAGCCCCAGUGGAAUCGAGAAGAAUCCGCAAACGACAAUUCAAAUCCGAAUUUCGAAUCCAACGUGGACAAUACGCAGAACGAUGAAGGAAAUUUCGAACUUCCUUUUGCGCAAGACUCGGAUGAAAUUGGUACAUCGGCAAAGAUCGGUGACAAAGCCGGUCCAUCGAACGAGAAAUCUUCUGCAGAAGAUUAUGCGAGUGAAUUGCCGGAUACGGAGAAUAAUGCUGGUCCAUUAGAGACCGAUUACGAAAAGGAAAAUUCCGUAUCUAAUAUAUUCGAGCAAAAAAUCGAGAGCGAAGAGAAAAGUCCAAUUAGCGAUUCUUUGGCCGACGAGACAAUAUAUCUCGCCGACCCGGAAAACGAUUAUACGACAAUUGCCGAAGAUUUCAUAAAUACGGACAAUGAGAGAGUCGGGGCGGAGCAAGCGACAAUCGAGAGCAAAAAUGAGGACGAUCCUUCCAUCGACUCGACGUUGAGAUUGUCGAGGAUCGAUGACGACGAUGACAAUAAGGCAACAAAUGAUUUGUCGAGCCAGUUGCCUUUCUGCGACAACACGUUGCUGCAAAAAUCGAUAAAAACGGCAAUUAAUAACUUUGCCACGGCUGAUUCGUCCGAAAUGAAUGACAACGCGAACGAGGAAACAGUAGGUGCUGCUGCGAAAGCGGAAGAUUUACUGCCGGAAAUUGUACAAGUUCCAAACCUAAAGGGUAUUUUGUCUAUGCCGGCGAUAGAGCGCACACUUUUGGAUAAGAUAAAGAAUAUUCUGUCGAAAGCAACUGGAAUGGGUAGGGAGAAUUUUGACAGUGACUGGGCGACCAACGUGAUCAAAGAUAAUCUACGGCACACGUUGGCUGCCGCGCCUGCGGCUUCCAAGACGGAAGUCCCACCGAUGACCGUCGAGGAGCAUCAAUUCAAAAAUGGCAAAUGGGUGACGAAUAUGGUUACGCUGGAGCCUUCGGACGAGGAAGACCGUACUCAAACGGAUGUAGAAAGAAUGCAAUCUCACGUGAAGAGCCUUUUGCGCGAUCCAACCGUUGGUUUACAGGCAGCCAAGAAUCCUGCUGUUCAGAACAUGAUCGUCCAAAGCGUCCGACACACCUUCAAGCCUAAAAAUGCAGCCAGCGAUGAAACUAUCGACUCGAUUAUUCAAAGCACUUUGAACGACGAAUUAAACAUCAUGGAAAUGGAAAACGAUGAAAUCCCCACGACGGAAAAUAUAUCUGAAACCGAGUCUGAAUCUACCACCUUCGAUGUGUCGAAUAUCGAUAUGAACAAGCUUUUGGACAUUGCCAGAAGUGAAGCGGGUCUGGGUGACAAUGAAGACAGCGAGUUACAUCCUUUGGAAUCAUCUGCGUAUGAAAAAGAUGAAGAAGAUGUGAAAGAUCAACAAACAUUUUCGCCUGCCAUGGACGGGGGUAUUGUUGGGGAAGCUAUGAACUUUGAAACAGAGACAAAUCAGGAUACAGAGGGAUCUUCAGAGAAAAACCAAGCACCGAAUAGUAUAAAAGAACUUGAAACCGAACCAACUGAAACCAGUGGAACGUGGAACGUUGCUGCUACUUUGAGAGUUAAAGACGAAUCUUCAACUACAAAAAUAGAAGAUUACGCGUCCGUAGAAUAUGAUUCUCCGACAAUGAAUUCAGCAAAGAAUGCUGACGCUGCGAAUAUGGAAGAAGCUGAAAUUGUAGGAAGAUCGAUGGAGCAAGAAGAUAAAAGUUCGACGACGGAGUUUUAUACAGAUGAUGCUACUUCCGCGGAAGAUUUUACGUAUCUGGGGAAGAUCGCAAUGAAAAAUAGGAAUAACGCGGACGAUGUGCAAAGUCUACAAAAUUCCGAGCUGUUUUACGUCGGUGACGGUGUAAAGCUACCUUUGGAGAUAAGAAAGCUGUACGACGGCUCUUACGCUUUAUCGAUUUCUAGGAAGGUUUGUGAACAACUAUUAGAUAAGGAGUGCCCUUGUUGCGUGCCGAGAAACGGCAACGUUAUCCGGACCGUGAGACGAAAUUUAGAAACGAAGAAUGCUGACGCACGAAUAUCCAAACGCGAAUCAAUGAAAUCAAUUUUACUGAAUGAAGGGGAAAGACGUAAUUCAGCUGACGGCAGCUUACAGAUUUUCUCAAUGCCUGUGGAAACUUUCGCGAGAAGAUACAAUCUGUCUCUGAACUUGGAGAAAGCGCAAACUCCGUGGGAUUUCGACGCGAAGGAAAAGAUUGAUGACCGAUCGAGAGAUCGAGAGAAGAGUUAUAAAAAUAAAAAUGGCAAUGGUGACUUUAAUAAUGGAGGGGCAUACAAUAAUCUACACAACGAUGCAAUAAGUUCCGACAUCGAAAGAUAUCGAUAUCAACGUAACAUCGAUGAAAGCGCAGAUAAACGAGUCGAAAUAAUAACACAAGUAUUAAACUGGUUAAGAGAUAUGCGAUUCAACGAGAAGAAGAAAAAAUAAAGCGUUCUCUAAAAGAAGCAGCAAAAAAAGGUGACAAAGAUGUUUGUAAAAUUCUAGCAAAAGAAAUAAUACGUGCACGUAAAACCUGCAAUAAACUUUAUACGUCAAAAGCACAUAUGAAUUCUGUUUCGUUACAAAUGAAAAAUCAGUUAGCAACGAUUAGAGUUGCUGGUUCUGUCCAAAAAUCUACAGAAGUGAUGCAAGCAAUGCAAUCAUUAGUAAGAGUACCAGAGGUAGCAGCAACAAUGAGAGAAUUGUCAAAGGAAAUGAUGAAAGCCGGUAUUAUUGAAGAAAUGUUAGAUGAAACUAUGGAAUCUGUGGAAGAUUCUGAGGAAGUGGAAGACGAAGCAGAUGAAGAAAUUGACAAAAUCUUAUGGGAAGUAACUGCAGGUCAAUUAGGUAUAGCACCUGCAGUUGUUACAGAAACACCAGGCUCAGUUAUAGCAUCUACUUCCACAGAAGAAGAAAGUGAAGAUGUAAAUGAUAAGGAACUUGAAGAAAUGAAACUGAGACUGCAAAGUCUUCGUAGCUAGGUGUAAUAUAUAAAUAAUUCAUCUGCAUUGACCUUAAAAUCAACUUACACUUAUUGAAUAUAUACAUACAUAAGGUACAAAUACAGUGGAAUGAAUGCCUAUCAUAUUUCAAUGCAUACUUCAAUAAUAUUUCUUAACAAUAUCUAAUUAAUGCUUUUAUAUUAUAUUAAAUAACCAAAAGAAAAUAAGUAUUAUAAAAAUGAAAACAAUUUUUAUUUUAAAACUAUAGUUUUUAUAAUCUAUCUCUCUCAUCUAAUUUUAUAAUCCAGCUUUUAUAAUCUGUGCGUGAUUUAUAGGAUGUCACUAUAUUUCAACUACAUAAGUCAUAAAUACAAAGAAGCUGGCUUCUUGGUUAUAUUAUGUUGAAAGAUACAUUUCUUAAUUUAAUUACAAUCACCAAAAUCUUGUAUUAAUAUGUAUCAUAUAUAAAUAAUGGUUUUAAUUGUUAUUAAUUUGUGCACUUCCUGAUUACACCUCUCAUAUAUAUUAAUAUAAUAAAAAUAAUGCAAAAGCACUAUAAUAGGUCACUAGUAGAUACAUGUACAUAAAAAGAUUACUAUAUUUAUACACAUUUAAUUUUAAAGUUGCUAAAUUCAGACAUUUUCAACUUCAAUAUUUUGAUACCAGCUUACACUAAAUCACAGAAUUGUAAUAUUUUAUAAGAAAUUAUGUACCCCAAAUUUGAUAUUUGUGUAGAACAUCCUCUUAGUAUAUUAUGCAAGUGUGCAGAAUAUCAAGAAAUAGCAAAUAAAUUUAGGUCUUAUAGCAUUGGUACAGAACACUAUUUACAACCUAAAAUAAAUAUAGGUAUGUAAAAAUACAAUUUAAUUUACUUAAUUAAAUAGCAUCCUAAUUUCAACCAUUUAUGUUAGAACCAAUUGCUUCAGCAAAAGUUCUAUGGAUAAGAAACCGUAUUAAAUUAAAUGAAGAUAUUUCUAAACCAAUACUUCUUUAUCCUCAAGAACAAUUAAAUAUCAAUGCGUCCAAUGUAAAUAAAAUGUGGUUACCAAUUACAUCAAACUUAAUACCCCUAAAAUUUAUACUCCGUAAACUUUAAACUUCUAUGUAAUAUUUAUGAUAUAUAUUUGCACAUUUGAAAUAUAUUAAAUAAAUAUUAGACAUUGUAUAUUUGAAAAAAUAUUCAAACUGAUCAAAAAAAUACAUAUUUAAAUUGUUUUUUUCUUAUCUCAAUAUUUUUUGAAAAAAUUUUAUUGCACCAUCUUUUUACAAAUCUUUUUACAUAUCCUGCAGCUAAUAUCAAUCUAUACAUAUACAAUGUACAUAUAUAUAUAUAUAUA